AUGGUGGAAGGUCCCGGUUGCAAACUGAACGGGGAGAAGAUCAGUAGUCGAAUUGCCCCGGGUCAAACCGUGAGGUGUGUGCGGGGAACUGCACUGGUCCCUUCUGCGUCGCAAGUUGGAGCCUUAAAGGGAAGAGCCGCUGACGGCGUCUCCGAUAGGAUUACCGGAAAUAAGAGUUGGUGCCAAAGUUUCUUAAAGGUGGUUAAUGGAUGUGUGUACUGUGGCGUGGAAACUUUGGGGAAAGAACUUUUCAUGUACUUUGGAGAGAAAACCUUACGGAUCCACUUUGGCAUGAAUGGUUCUUUGCGUAUAAAUCCAGAUGCAAGCCAAAACAGAAGUGUAGCACUAGCAGCCUUAGAAAUACAAUUUACUACUGAUUUGAUUUGUUUCUACGAUGCAACUGUACAGCUUAGUUCAAGCUCUAGUCUAGCUGUUUUCUCCUCAAUUCAGGUUUGUCAAUUAACAGAUAAGCAAAUAUGCCAUUUGGUGAAAAUGAUUCGGGAUUUCUCACUUCUCUUUUAUAAGUGUCACAAAAUGAAAAUGGCAAUAAAUAAACACUAUAGAGUGUAUAAACGUCCCACUUGCCGCCAAUGCAGUGGAAAGAUCACAGUAUGUCGAUUAGGAGAGAACAACAGAAUGACCUAUUUCUGCUCACAGUGCCAGAACGACAAACCUCAGCCUGGGGAUUUGAGCAUACAGCCAAGAACAAAUAGUUUAAGUGACUGGCCAUUCAACAGGGAGCCUAGUUCUAGAGAAGUUGCUCAAAAGUCAGAAGAGGAGUGGGCCUGCAUACUCUGUACUCUAAUAAACAAGCCUUCUGUGAAAAUAUGUGAUGCGUGCCUGACAACACGGCCCGAAGGAAAAAAUGGAGGUUUAACAACAGAUAAUAGCUCCUUAGUCAAAUAUCCAUAUAACAACUUCGAAAAAUCAAGAAUGGAAAUUAAGAUAAAUAGGAAGACAGCAUUUGGGACAGCAACUCUAGUAUUGACAGAUUUUGCUAGUAAAGACGUUCUACUGAAACGUAACAGAAGUGAAAGUCGAACUCCAGAUGGAGGCUCUCUGCAUGAUCCUUCAAGAAACAAUUUUAAUAGUACCAACCACUAUGAAGGAAAUUCAUCAAUACCUUUUCCCCGUCAAUGUAAUUCUUUAAAGCCAGCAUCAAAGAAACAGAAAAUUGAUUGUUCAACUUCAUCCGUUGGAAGCCUUACUGAGAAAUUUGUAAACAGAGCACCUCCAGAUAAUAUGACAGAUGGCUCUUGCACAUUAAAUGCUGGCAGACCUCGCUGCAGUAAACACAGUCGCUUCUGUGUUCUUCGCAUCGUGAGGAAGGACGGAGAAAACAAGGGCAGGCAAUUUUAUGCUUGUCCUUUGCCAAGAGAAGCCCGGUGUAACUAUUUUGAAUGGGCAGACCUGCAUUUUCCUUUCUGCAAUCAUGGGAAUCGCUGCAUUAUGAGGACAGUGCUGAAGAUUGGCCCUAAUAAUGGAAAGCAUUUCUUUGUGUGUCCUCUUGGGAAGGAUAAACAGUGUGACUUCUUUCAAUGGGCUGAAAAUGGCCUAGGAAUGAAGAUUAUCCCAGGAUGCUGAGCUAUUCAUCUGCACUGGACUAUCUGGUGUUAAUCUUCUCAAACUGUGUGUGCUAUACUGCUCUUCUGUAGGAGAUAUUUUAGGAGGGUUAUGAUCAAAUGGCAUUUUGUGAUUACAAAUCCAUUUGUGUUAUAUAUUUGAAAGUUCCUUCUCAUACCCUUCUUUGUAUUUCUGCUAUUUUCUGUUCAUUAUUUGUUGCAUUUUAUCUAAUACUAGAAAAUUUCAGACUUAAUAUCUGAACAAUAGGUAGUCUUUUUCUUAUCUUAGUUGUUCCCUCAUGCACACGUUACACACACAUAAACUUGGAUAUCAUUGUUUGUUCAUG